AUGCGCCAUACUAAGAAGCUGCAGAACGUCCAAUACAACUCGGCCCUGCGCCAGAGCAAGGCCAUCCGCAACAACCUCGAGAAACUUUCGUCCUCGGCUGCGCAACCAGCUGCCUUGACCCCCGCCGAAAUUGGCAACGUGUCCGCAUCCCUCGCCUCCUUCUCCAAGACGGUCGACGAAUACAACCAACUGGCCCGCCAGGAGCUCGUACCCAAGAAACAAGAAGAGGCAUACGAGCGUGUGAAACGGUUCCGCGAUGACCUCUCCGACUUCCGCUCCCAGGUCGACUCCCUCAAGAAGGCGCGCGAAGAAGCCGCCCACAGCAACGACCGAGGCGAGCUGCUAGGCCGUCGAGCCUAUGUUACCGCCACGCCCGAGAACCCCUACGCCAACGUCAACAAGUCAUCGCAGUUCCACAGCCGGGGAGCUUCGACGGGCCAAGCCGGAAGCGGAUUGAGCAUGGGUGGAAGUGACGUUACGAGGGAGCAGCACGCCCUACGAGAGCAGAACUUCUUCGCCAGCACGAACUCGGCCUUGGAUGAGUACAUUGCGCGAGGGCAAGCGGUGCUGGGCGACCUGGGAACGCAGCGUGAGAUGCUCAAGAACACGCAAAAGAGGCUCUACUCCGUCGGCAAUACGCUGGGCAUCUCUGGCGACACCAUCCGCAUGAUUGAGCGCCGCGCCAAGGAGGACAAGUGGAUCUUCUGGGCCGGCGUCAUCAUUUUCUUCCUCUUCUGCUGGGCUUGCAUACACUUUUUACGGUAA